AUGGCAUAUCCAAAUCCAGUUCCAGAACAGCAGCGACCUCCUCCCACAGAGACUCGUGGGCCCAUGCUGGUCCAGGCCACAUGGAUUUUGAUUGGCAUCUCCACUCCCUUUGUGGUCGCAAGAGUCUGUGCUCGACUGAGGCAAAUGAAAAAGCUGGGUUGGGAUGACUAUCUCAUGAUUCUAUCACUGCUCUUUGGAAUCAUAACUGGGUCAUUGACUACCAAUUGCGUAAGCCACGGUUUCGGCAAGCACAUCUGGUACAUUUCACCAGAAGAUGCGAAAGAAGCCAUGAAGAUGGCUUUUGUCCUUACCCCAUUCGCGUUCAUGUCCCUGGUCUUUGGGCGGGUGUCCUUUGCGGUGUCCUUGAUCGUGUUGAUCGGCACGGUCAAGUGGCGACGCUGGUUGCUGUACUUCGUGAUCGUCAGUCAGUUCGUGGUCAACAUCAUUCUCAUUGGGGUCGGUAUUGGCCAGUGCAAUCCUGUCCAGAAGUACUGGAACCGGCCACUUCCCGGGAGCUGUUUGGAUCGUAGGAUUCAUAGGAGACUGGGCUACGCGCAAGGAGGCUUCAACAUCUUUGCUGAUCUGGUCCUUGCUAUCAUGCCUGCCAUCGUCAUAUCAAAUCUCCAUUUGAAGAGCAAAGCCAAGUUCGGUCUUAUGAUCCUUAUGGGUCUUGGUUUAUUCAACAUGAUUGCUGCCAUAGUCACUGUGACGGAACUGAGCAGAAUCACCACUGUUGAAGACAAAACAUACGAGUUCGUCAUAGCCGACAUAUGGGGACUAAUUCAAACCCACCUCGUCAUCGUAAUCGCAUCCAUCCCCUUUCUCCGCCCGCUCUUCACCGGCAAAGAUUAUUUCCGUUGGGCGUACUACCGCUCCCUCUUAGCCCGUUAUUCCCAUAGAAGCCGCUCUGGCUCAGACCGACAUCGCAGAGACAGUAGUCAAACAGGCGAUACGCUAUGUGAGGAUGAGAAGGGUGAUGCAAAGGCAUUUCACAGUCUACCACAUAUCCCUAGAAGCAAGUUCGCCACUACUACGCUUCGGAACGCAGGUAUGGAAACUGAUACGCAAACGGGUUUCGACCGGAUGAGUUAUCUAGAGGCUGGGCAAGUUCCUGCAAGACAAUAG